AUCGCAUAACCGCUUUGCCAUCACUAUCAAAUCUACCACUGAAACUCCUCUCUCUUUCUCUCUCUGAACUGACCCCACCGCCAUGGCUCGAAGAACGAUACCGAUCCUCCGCCACCUCCUAACAAAGCCCCGACCCGGCGUCACGGCCCAAACCCGAUCGGUCACCUACAUGCCCCGACCCGGCGACGGAGCUCCGCGCGCCGUGACUCUAAUCCCCGGCGACGGAAUCGGACCGCUCGUCACGAACGCCGUGGAGCAGGUGAUGGAGGCGAUGCACGCGCCGGUCUACUUCGAGAAGUACGAGGUCACCGGCGACAUGCCGAGGGUGCCGGAGGAGGUGAUCGAGUCGAUCAGGAAGAACAAGGUGUGCCUGAAAGGCGGGCUGGCGACGCCGAUGGGCGGCGGCGUCAACUCGCUGAACAUGCAGCUCCGGCGAGAUCUCGAUCUCUAUGCCUCGCUCGUCAACUGCUUCAAUCUGCGUGGCUUGCAGACCAAGCAUGACAACGUCGACAUUGUGGUGAUCAGGGAGAACACCGAGGGCGAGUACUCGGGGCUCGAGCACGAGGUCAUUCCUGGAGUCGUUGAAAGCCUUAAGGUGAUCACAAAGUUCUGUUCAGAGCGUAUUGCUAGAUAUGCUUUUGAGUAUGCUUACCUGAACAACAGAAAGAAGGUGACUGCUGUGCACAAAGCAAACAUUAUGAAGCUUGCAGAUGGUCUGUUCUUAGAGUCUUGUCGUGAGGUGGCUACAAAUUAUCCAGGGAUCACUUACAAUGAAGUAAUUGUUGACAACUGCUGCAUGCAACUUGUUGCAAGGCCCGAACAAUUUGAUGUCAUGGUGACACCCAAUCUUUAUGGUAACCUAGUUGCAAAUACAGCCGCUGGUAUUGCUGGAGGCACUGGCGUCAUGCCAGGAGGAAAUGUGGGGGCUGAUCAUGCUAUUUUUGAGCAAGGUGCUUCAGCAGGAAAUGUGGGGAAUCAGAAAAUAUUGGAUCAAAAGAAAGCAAACCCAGUAGCCUUGCUUCUCUCCUCUGCCAUGAUGUUGAGACAUUUGCAAUUUCCUUCCUUCUCUGAUCGAUUAGAAAAUGCUGUUGAAAGAGUAAUCUUAGAGGGCAAGUUCAGGACAAAGGACCUUGGAGGACAUAGCACUACCCAAGAGGUUGUUGAUGCGGUCAUUGCUGCCUUAGAUUGAUGGAGAAGAUACUGAAUUUAACAUCUCAGAUAUUGGUGGUAAGUUAGAGGAGCUGCAGGGACGAGGCAACAAAGGAUCCACAGAGUAACAAACGAGAACUAAAGAGCUUCUUUUGCUACUCAUUAGCAAGUCGUCAUAUUCCAAAUCUGAAAGGUCGAAAACCAUCUGCACAAUACUUUAUUAGACCAUCUGCACAUGUUAAACUUGAUACUAAACUGCCGAGUAGAUGUUGGUACUAAUGGUCACGGUACAUGCUGGUACCCAUGGUCACGGUACAUGUUGAUAAAACUUCUAUAGAGCUAGCCAUCAGUGUCUCAACUAUUUCUUUUGAGUUCGAAGAUCAUUGUGCCUAGCCAACUUUAUGCGACGACUUCUUUUACUAUAGUCAAAGAGUGCAAUGUCUUCAAACCUGCAA